AGGCAACCCAAUUCCUUUCAUCUUCUUCUUCCCGCCGUCUUCUCCAUUUCGGCAGCUCAGUGUCGCCGCCGCCAUCUUUCUGCCCAAUUCCAGUUAUUGUACCACGAGAGAUCUAUGAACAUUCCAGGUUCACAUGAGGAGGAAGAUGAUCACGGUGAGGUCUUCCUCGACGAAGAUGACAUACUCCACGAAGUCCAAGUUGAUGAGGAAGAUCUUCCUGAUGCUGUUGAUGAAGAAGGCUAUGAUGAUGAAUAUGUUGAUGAGGAUGAUGAUUCAAUUCAUACAUUUACUGGCCAUACCGGUGAGGUUUACACGGUGGCUUGUAGUCCAAUCGAUGCCACAUUAGUUGCGACGGGUGGUGGAGAUGACAAAGGUUUUAUGUGGAAGAUCGGUCGAGGAGAUUUUGCACAGGAGCUUACCGGUCACAAGGAUUCUGUGUCUAGCUUAGCAUUUAGUGCAAAUGGACAACUACUUGCAUCAGGGAGUUUUGAUGGUGUUAUCCAAAUUUGGGAUACUUCAUCCGGGAAUCUUAAAUGCACUGAAGGUCCUGGAGGGGGAAUUGAGUGGGUAAGGUGGCAUCCAAGAGGACAUCUGGUUUUGGCUGGUUCUGAAGAUUCGACCGCUUGGAUGUGGAAUGCUGAUAGAGGUGUCUCUAAUAUAUUUUCUGGUCACAGUGCUUCAGUUACCUGCGGUGAUUUUACCCCUGAUGGUAAAAUGAUAUGCACGGGUUCUGAUGAUGCAACAAUGAGGAUAUGGAAUCCAAGAAGUGGUGAAAAUAUUCAUGUUGUGAGAGCUCCCCUUGGGCUGCAACCGGAGGAAUGGAUCGUAAGCUCAUCAUUUGGGAUCUUCGACAGUCGACGCCAGCACGAGGAUGGAGUAUCAUGUCUUACUUGGAUUGGCACGUCGAGAUAUCUUGCAACCGGGUGUGUCGAUGGUCGUGUUCGAAUAUGGGAUACCCUCUCUGGAGAGUGUGUAAGAACCUUCACCGGGCACUCCGACACCAUCCAAUCUCUAUCGGUGUCUGCCAAUCAUGAGUACCUUGUUUCUGUUGCUCUCGAUACUACCGCUCGGAUUUUUGAGAUUGCUAAGUAUCAUUGAGGGAAUAGGAUCUUUGUACUUGAAUGUGACAAGUUUCGAUCCCCAUUGUCGAUUCUUGUAUAAUUAUACAAUUUUAUACCGUUGUAUGUGUUCGUCUUGCAAGUAAUUGUAUGUAUAUUGUUGUCAGUGUUGUGUAAUUUUUAUUUUCAUUUAAGGGUUAGUCGAACCUAAGAUUUUUCAUGUAAUGGAUAAUGUAAUAACAUAAAUUACAACAAUUUUUUAGUUGCUUGUUCGG